AUGCGUACCUACUAUGGCGCCGUGGUCAACCCGCAAACGCUGACCGAGUCUCAGCUUCUGCCUCGAUGCCUCCUAGCGGUAGGGGAUGUAGGUACGAUCGAAUGGAUUGUCGAAGACGUAGAGGGCUCGCUGGUACAGGAGACGCUCGCUCAGAAAUGUUGCGUGGAUGCGGAAGUCACUGAGCUGCGUCACGGCGAGUUUCUCAUGCCAGGCUUCGUCGAUACCCACACGCAUGCCCCGCAGAAGCCGAACAUUGGGAGCGGGCAGCAGUACGAGCUACUGGACUGGCUGAAGCACGUCACGUUCCCGAUGGAGGCGAAGUUCGCUGACGUCGACUUCGCGCGGCGCACCUAUGAGUCCGUCGUCCAGCGUAUCAUCAACUGCGGUACCACGACAUGCUGCUACUAUGCCACGUUGCACCUUGAGGCUAGCAAGAUCCUUGCUGACAUAGUGCACGCGAGAGGCCAGCGCGCAUUCAUCGGGAAAUGCAACAUGGACAGGAACAGCCCCGACCACUACCGCGAAGCCUCACCCGAAGCGUCUCUCGCAGACACGGAAGCGCUCAUCGCGCAUAUUACAACAUACCCGCCGAGCACCCCGCAGCGAGUGUCCGCUAUCCUCACACCCCGCUUUGCUAUCUCUUGCACGCCUCCAUUGCUAUCCGGUCUCGGUACGCUUGCGGCAUCAGACCCAGCGCUGCGUAUUCAGACUCAUAUAUCGGAGAACCGAGGCGAGAUCGCGUUCACGAAGGAGCUUUUCCCGGACUGCGCUACCUACGCGCACGUGUACGACAAGUUUGGAUUGCUGAGGGGGAACACCGUGCUUGCACACGCGAUCCAUCUUGAGCCUGCAGAAGUUGCAUUGAUCAAGGAGCGCAACGCUGGCAUUAGCCACUGCCCCACUAGCAACUUCAAUCUGAGCAGCGGCGUCGCCCCUGUAGGGGAAUACCUCGACAAGGGCAUCAAGGUCGGCCUCGGGACGGACGUUUCUGGCGGCUUCUCCCCAUCCAUUCUCAACGCCGUCCAAAACGCCAGCAUCGCAUCCAAAGUCAUCGCCAUGCGCGCACCAGGCGCAGCCUCACCCACCACAUUUGCCAACCGGCAGCUCUCUGUGAACACCUUGCUCUACCUUGCGACCCUCGGCGGCGCCCAGGUGUGCGCGCUGGAUGCCCACAUUGGGAACUUCGCGCCUGGCAAGGCGUUUGAUGCGUUGUUGGUCAACUGCCGAAAUGACUCUGGGAACCCAAACCUCUGGGGCGUCGACCCGGAUAUCCAUGUCGGGGAUAACCUUAUGGGCCUCUUGGAGCGCUUCCUGUUCUGUGGGGACGAUAGGAACAUCUCGGCGGUGUACGUGCAGGGCAGGCUCAUCGGAGGAACGUCUUAUAGGGCGUAA